CAGCAAGGCUGCAAGUCAUGUAGAAGCCGCAGUAACUGCAGAGUCUCUGAUGGAUAAUUGGAUUGGGACUAAUAUGUGGGAGGCUGUGGACUAUUUGCUUCCGACAUAGGAACAGCACUGGGUUGGAAAUCUGCACUCCUGAGAGAAUGCUGGGAAUCUGCAGAGGGCGACGGAAAUUCCUGGCUGCCUCUCUGACCGUCCUUUUUGUCCCAGCCAUUACGUGGAUUUAUCUGUUUGCUGGGAGUUUUGAAGAUGGGAAGCCAGUGUCGCUGUCUCCACUUGAAUCCCAGCCCCACAGCCCUCGGUACACGGCGUCGAGCCAGCGGGAGCGCGAGAGCUUGGAAGUCCGCAUGCGUGAGGUGGAGGAGGAGAACCGCGUGCUUCGCAAGCAGCUCAGCCUGGCACAGAGUCGCAGCCCCUCGCACCACCGCGGCAAUCACUCCAAAACCUACUCCAUGGAAGAGGGGACAGGCGACAGCGAGAGCCUGCGGGCUGGCAUUGUGGCAGGGAACAGCUCCGAGUGUGGGCAGCAACCAGCAGUGGAAAAAUGUGAGACCAUCCACGUUGCCAUUGUUUGUGCAGGGUACAAUGCCAGUCGGGAUGUUGUCACACUUGUCAAGUCUGUCUUAUUUCACAGGCGAAACCCACUCCACUUCCACCUCAUUGCAGAUGCAAUUGCCAAACAGAUCCUGGCGACUCUGUUCCAGACAUGGAUGGUCCCUGCUGUGCGCGUAGACUUCUAUGAUGCAGAUGAGCUCAAGUCGGAAGUGUCUUGGAUCCCCAACAAACACUACUCUGGGAUUUACGGGCUGAUGAAGUUGGUUCUGACUAAGACUCUACCUUCCAAUCUUGAGCGAGUCAUUGUCCUCGACACAGACAUAACAUUUGCCACUGACAUUGCUGAGCUAUGGGCCGUCUUUCACAAGUUCAAAGGGCAGCAGGUUCUUGGCUUGGUGGAGAACCAGAGUGACUGGUAUUUGGGCAACCUGUGGAAGAAUCAUCGGCCCUGGCCAGCGCUUGGGAGGGGCUACAACACAGGGGUUAUCUUGCUGCUUCUCGAUAAGUUACGGAAGAUGAAAUGGGAGCAGAUGUGGAGACUCACGGCAGAGCGGGAGUUAAUGAGCAUGCUGUCCACUUCACUGGCUGACCAGGACAUCUUCAAUGCAGUCAUCAAACAAAAUCCCUUCCUUGUCUACCAGCUCCCAUGUUUCUGGAACGUGCAGCUGUCUGAUCACACCCGUUCCGAGCAGUGCUACAGAGAUGUGUCUGACCUGAAGGUGAUUCACUGGAACUCACCAAAGAAGCUGCGAGUGAAAAACAAGCAUGUGGAGUUUUUCCGCAACCUCUACCUGACAUUCCUGGAAUAUGAUGGGAAUUUGCUGAGACGGGAACUCUUCGGCUGUCCCAGUGAGGCAGACGUUAACAGUGAAAAUCUCCAGAAACAGCUGUCUGAGCUGGACGAGGAUGACUUAUGCUAUGAAUUUCGUCGAGAACGUUUCACCGUCCAUCGCACUCAUUUGUAUUUUCUACAUUAUGAAUAUGAGCCUGCUUCAGACAACACCGAUGUAACACUGGUGGCUCAGCUUUCAAUGGACAGGCUCCAGAUGCUUGAAGCCAUCUGCAAACACUGGGAAGGUCCAAUCAGCCUGGCACUCUAUCUCUCUGAUGCAGAAGCCCAGCAAUUUCUGCGCUACGCCCAGGGCUCAGAAGUACUUAUGAGCCGCCACAAUGUUGGCUACCAUAUCGUGUACAAGGAGGGCCAGUUCUAUCCUGUGAAUCUGCUAAGGAAUGUGGCCAUGAAGCAUAUCAGCACACCAUACAUGUUUCUGUCUGACAUUGACUUCUUGCCUAUGUAUGGACUCUACGAGUACCUCAGGAAGUCCGUCAUCCAGCUAGACCUGGCUAACACCAAGAAAGCUCUGAUUGUACCUGCUUUUGAGACCCUACGCUACCGCCUCUCCUUCCCCAAGUCAAAAGCAGAGCUGCUAUCUAUGUUGGACAUGGGAACCCUCUUCACAUUCAGGUAUCACGUCUGGACGAAAGGGCAUGCGCCAACGAACUUUGCCAAGUGGCGAACAGCCACCACCCCCUACCGCGUUGAGUGGGAAGCAGACUUUGAGCCAUACGUUGUUGUGAGGAAGGACUGCCCGGAGUAUGACAGGCGGUUUGUUGGAUUUGGCUGGAAUAAAGUCGCUCACAUCAUGGAACUGGAUGCACAGGAGUACGAGUUCACGGUGCUGCCCAACGCCUACAUGAUCCACAUGCCGCACGCCCCCAGCUUCGACAUCACCAAGUUUCGCUCCAACAAGCAAUACCGCAUCUGUCUCAAGACUCUGAAGGAGGAGUUCCAGCAGGAUAUGUCGCGCCACUACGGCUUUGCAGCCCUCAAAUAUCUCACGGCAGAGAACAACAGCUAGCACAAUGGAGCCCGUGUGCGGGAAACAGGGACACCGGAGGGAGGAGCCACUCAAAGUUUGGGGCCCAGUCUUCAAACUUCGAACUGAGAAAUACUUUCUGUUUUUAUAUCGUACCUGGCAGUUCUAACAGUAGAAAUUUGAAGUGACAUGUCUUCGGACUAUGCUCAUUCGUCCCUUCCCCGACUACCCCAGGCCUUUCAGCUUUAGCAUUCGUGAGGUGUCAGCGAGAGGAGCCGGCCACGUGCCCGCCGUGCUGCGGAGGUGGGGACUGGGCAGGGGCUGGGAACGCACACUGCUCUCCUAACUGCAGAGCAAAGACAGACCUUCAGAAUAUUCAUGUUGCUAUUUAAUAAUUUGACAUGCUUUUUAUCUGUAAAGGAAGAUCUUCGGGUCGCUGUCCUGUGAAUUUCAAAUCUGCACUACUCUAAAAGGGAACUUUCACCUGUGAACUUUCACAGGGGCCCUGUUAACAUGGAUGACCUUGUUAAUGCAGGAUGAGCCAAAGGUCUGAAUUAGCCUCGAAAAUGAAGGCGACGCUUAUACAAUACUGCACUCCAGAGAAGGUGUGUUACUGGUUUAGGUGUACACAUGAUAACGGUUGGUCUUUUAUUCUCAAAUUAGUUGUUUUAUCAGGAAAAUCCCCUGUGCCCCACUCUGCCUUUUCCCCAGUCCUAAAUGCUGCUCCUUUCCUCGCCAAGGAAAUGUCUCCCUUGUGUUUCUUUCCCAUCUUCAGUUCUGGUGGUCCAGUAAAGAAGAUCGGUAGCUCUGCCAAAAAGUAAACAAAAUCUGUGAGUGUAAGGUCUGUUUUCACCAGAGCAACUCGUUCGUGUGUGUCUCGUAAAAUAAAGGGCCUGGCUGUAACUCUUUAUCUUUUUUAGGCAAGAAUUGGAUUUUGCCUAUAAGGCACGUUGUGCGGGGGGAUAUUGAUUUGUAGGCUCAUUUCAGUGCAUGGCUGUCCGUGAAAGCAUUGGGCCUUGGGCUUUAAGUGGACUUCUUUGCUGAACAGGGAUUAUAAACAUGGCAACUAGUGGCCUUGGUGCUCUCCUGCUGCCUGCUGCAAGGUCUCAGAACUACUUCGUUAAAGGAGUUUAUAAUUAAAAGGAGCAGAACUGUUAGGAAUAAACUCCCCAUUCGAGGGGGAGAAAAGAAUGUGUUGGGAAUCUGAGUGUGAGUGUUUGCUUGAACGCGGGCUGGUCAAGUUCACAACUUCGGUACACACAGGAGUAUGCUGGAGGGCGGACAGGAAACUUAACAAGCAAAAUGCAGAAAACAAGACACUGGACUUUUUAUCGUUUUCUUUAUUCUUCAGUAUUAAUGUUGUGUUUACAUGGGAUGAAGAGAUGAGGUUUAAUGCACUACCCCUUGCAGGGCUAUUUGUAAUUUCUGUUGCAAUGUUAAUAGAGAAAGCAGAAACAACUCAGUGAGAAAUGCGUCUGUCUCCCUACCCGAAAUCCCCAUACAACCAUGCGUACCAAUACCACUUCCUGAGUUGGGAAAUGGAUCCACGUUGCGUUCUGCUCACUUUUUUUCCAUUUUGCUUUUCAGCCACUGGACCUUCUACUUUCCUACUCACCUCAUCCCUCUAGAGCUUGGUUUUAUUUCUAACCUGACAUUUCGUGAGAGCUUUCUGUUACGGUGGAAACCACGUGGUUAAACCAGACAUUUAAACUACAAAUAUCAGUUCAUCAUGCUGUGUGUAUAUAAGAAAAGCCAAAAAAGGCAACAUCUUUGACAAGAAAUAAAAAGGGGCGGGAGGCUAUGUGAAAUUUUCACUUUUUCCCCUGGGAGUGUUGGCUGCAUAAGAAUACAUCACUGCAUAAUUUUCCAAAGUGCUUUUCUUCUGUUCUUAAUGGCUUUAUGUAAAGAUUUACAGAAAAAGCUGGGAAGAGCUGGGAAGAAGUUAAAUGAGUGCUCAGUCCUGGCUAAGGUAUAUUUAAAAAAAAAAAAAACCAACAAAAUCUUAACUCCCCAAGUCCCAUAUUACUCACAAUUAAGGGUCCAGGUCACUGUGCAUUUUGAGAGUGAGAAGAAUCCUGCAGCACAGAGUCCUGUUGAUUAGCUAAUGUGCAGAAAGAUAUCAAAAGCUGAUCCUAAAAGAGGCUAACCCUGGUUGUACCUACAUAAAAUCUCCCGUCAGAGCUUCGGUGUGGCCACCAUUAUGUUCCAUAUAUAUUAAAAACUUUCAUUUCCAGAUAUACACUUCUCCUUGGCUUAACAAUGUUGCCCAAGGAUGGACUGGAUUGCCCUGCAGCAGCAUAACCUGUAGCACGGACCUGUACAUUGUUUGGAUGUGCCAUUAUCAACAUGAACGUUAUUCUUCCCUCGGUGGUCCUGAGAUGUGGAUGGGGGAGCAGGGAGGUAAUCAUUUGCGACUUGCCUGUCUGCACAGCGAGUCAUGGGACCUCCUGGGUGGGCUUACGUGUGCGGGCUGGUAUAACCAGCUCCAAGACCGGUAGUAGGUUCAAAGAGCCCCUUUUUUUUUCACUUAUAGACACUGUACUGACUUCUACCUGUCGUGUCAUGUUUGUCUAUGCGCUUCAUAAUUUGGGAGGUGUGGGGCUUGGGUUUUUUUAACACAUUUCAGCCAAUUUACAUGAUAGCAAAUUGGGAUUAUAUAUCUGUCUGUAACUGCCAGGGCUCCUCCGACACCGUGAAAAAACCACCACCACCACCACCACCAAAAAUCCCCAGUUCGGUUAUAACACCGUCUGUCUUCCAGUCCUCUGCUGUAGUAGGUAUUUGCUAGCAACUUUGUUACUUAAUUCUCAGUUUUCUCCUGAAGUCUUCAAGAAAUAUCAGAUAAACCUGGUGACUUAACGCCUUUGAUUUAUUGAUUUGUUCCACCAACUUCUCUCUUGAGUCUUCAGCCUAUGAUCUCUCCUUAUCUUUGAUAUUUGGAAAGUGUGAGUCUCUCAUUUAGAUAUCACUCCAGCACCCUCUCUGGUGAAGACUGAUGCAAAUAAAUCAUUUAGAUUCUUG